GGGGCCCGGCGGCCCACGGGUUGCUGGAGCCAGCGCUGGCCCCCCCUCCCAGCUUCGAGGUGCAUGAAGAUGGGGAUGGGAGUGUGUAGUAGGGGAAGCAGCCGCCCGGGACCCCCUCCGGCCAGCUAGCCAGUCACCCCAAGGAGGUGUGCUGCCCACCUGGUAUUCUACACCACCCCCCAGCCCUGUCCAGUGCACCCCGCUGGUGCCUGCUUUUCCCUGGUAUCUUCGAUUUAGACCAGACCCACUGUAUCCAAGGCAACCAUUGCAGGAGUGUCACUUGCUGCUGAUCACUGAGGGUCCCAUAGUGUGGCCCCGGCUGUGAGGCUGUGAUUGUCCUGGUUGAAACAGCUUGAACCCCCUCCCUGGAUUCAAAGACAGCCCUGCUGAGAAAACUCAGGUUCCUUGGCCUGUGUGUGUCUGUGUCUGUCUGUCUGUCUGGAUGUUUCUGUGAGCAGGCAGGAGCAGAACAACACCCAGUGGUGUGUUAAGGCUACUCCUGGCUUGUUGCUCAGAGGUCACUCCUGUUAGUUCUUCAGGAAGUGCGCCCUCUUGGACUGAACCCAGACCUCUUUCAUGCGAAGUAUGCACUCAGCCUGUUGAGCUAUCUCUGACUGAGACCCAGGGCCACAUCCAGCAAUGCCCAGGGAUUCCCCUGGCCCUGCACUGAGGCCUGCACUCCUGAUGGGCUCAGGGGACCAUAUUGGUCACAGCGGAUAAAACCUGGGUCCACUGCAUGCAAGGCAAUGAUCCAAACAUUUACAACAGGAGCCCCUUCUUGCUCUGACACUCUGUUGUGACUGGUGCUCAUCAUCUGGAUAGCUCUGCUAAUGUGUGUGUGUAGAAGAUAGCUGAGUGGUCCACAUGAUUUGUCUCUGAUAUACAGCUGUUGCAGAAUGUGUUUAGCAGGUGCGACCUGGCAAGACAACUGAUGGAGUCUCCCAGGGCCCAUUGGCUACCAAACUGGCUGAUGCCAUAGGGUUGGGAGCAGCUCCCGCCCCUCACUAUGGCCAACACUACUGGAGAGCCCGAGGAGGUGAGCGGUGCACUGCCCCCACCAUCAGCAUCAGCUUAUGUGAAGCUGGUACUGCUGGGACUGAUCAUGUGUGUAAGCCUAGUGGGCAACGCCAUCCUGUCUUUGCUGGUGCUCAAGGAGCGUGCCCUGCACAAGGCUCCUUACUACUUUCUGUUGGACCUGUGCCUAGCUGACGGCAUACGCUCUGCUGUCUGCUUUCCCUUUGUGCUGGCUUCUGUGCGCCACGGCUCCUCCUGGACCUUCAGUGCGCUCAGCUGCAAGAUUGUGGCCUUUAUGGCCGUGCUCUUUUGCUUCCAUGCAGCCUUCAUGCUGUUCUGCAUCAGUGUCACUCGCUAUAUGGCCAUUGCCCACCACCGCUUCUACGCCAAGCGCAUGACACUCUGGACAUGCGCGGCUGUCAUCUGCAUGGCCUGGACCCUUUCUGUGGCCAUGGCCUUCCCACCCGUCUUCGAUGUGGGCACCUACAAGUUUAUUCGUGAAGAGGAUCAAUGCAUCUUUGAGCAUCGCUACUUCAAGGCCAAUGAUACACUGGGCUUCAUGCUUAUGUUAGCUGUGCUCAUGGCAGCCACACAUGCUGUCUAUGGCAAGUUGCUCCUCUUCGAAUAUCGACACCGCAAGAUGAAACCAGUGCAAAUGGUGCCAGCCAUCAGUCAGAACUGGACAUUCCAUGGCCCUGGGGCCACUGGCCAAGCUGCUGCCAACUGGAUCGCUGGCUUUGGCCGUGGGCCCAUGCCACCAACCCUGCUGGGUAUCCGGCAGAAUGGGCACACAGCUAGUCGGCGGCUCCUGGGCAUGGACGAGGUUAAGGGUGAAAAGCAGCUGGGCCGCAUGUUCUACACGAUCACACUGCUCUUCUUGCUUCUCUGGUCACCCUACAUUGUGGCCUGCUACUGGCGAGUAUUUGUGAAAGCCUGCACCGUGCCCCACCGUUAUCUGGCCACUGCUGUUUGGAUGAGCUUUGCCCAGGCUGCCGUCAACCCGAUAGUCUGCUUCCUGCUCAACAAGGACCUCAAGAAGUGCCUGAGGACUCAUGCCCCUUGCUGGGGCACAGGAGGUGCCCCAGCUCCCAGAGAACCCUACUGUGUCAUGUGAAGCAGGCUGGUAGGCAGACAGGCAGGGAGAGGGUCAUAGUCACUAUGACUGGGUUAACAGAAAAUGAGAGGUGGGGGCCCAUACAGGAGCCUUUCUUUCUGAUCUCCUGCCCCAGCCCCUCAAACCAUCUGGAGUCUAGAUACCUUUGUCAAUACCAUCCCAGAGCUAGAUACUAGGUGAGGGACUCAGAAAGAAAGUAUUUCUAGUUCUGUGAAGCCUAUCUCCUCCACCUCUUCUACUUCUAUAAUCUCUUCUCUCCUCCCUCUUUUUCUCUCUCGUGACAAUUCAGAAAAAGAAAACAAAACAGCAAAACUGAAAAUGCAGGUUUUUCUACCCACAACUGAGGAGACAGGUUUUCCUGCUUUAAUGUCUCUCCUUUUGACAUUGUCCAGGAGGGGGAAAUUUGUCCUGUAAAAUAGAUUUCCAGGGCUCUUGUUGCCUCCCCCAACCUUUCUCCCAUGCACCCUCCCCUUCCAAGUUCUUUUAAGAAGGCCUGAAUAUUUAGAGAGAAAUGGAUCUUCUGACAAAAGGACCAAGGUGGGUGUUGGGUCCCCAGGAACAGAAAUGCUUAAUUGCUGUUAUGUGCAAUGUGUUUUAGGCAAAUCCUGGUACCAAGUCCAGUCUCCUCCUCCUCCCCAUCAUGUCCAGACUUCCCAAGUGUUUCUUGCGCAUCUGUUUGAGAAGAUUGGAGGGGAGGGAAAAGAACCCCUGGGAAGGGCUCAGGCUAAGUGAAAAAUGGGAUGUGAGCUGAAGAUACCCAAUCUUGACUGCAAUCUUGAACUGCCUCCUGGAUCCCUGGCCCCAACUCUUCUUCCUGAAGAUGGAAAUGUACUUCAGCCCCAUUAGAGCUAAUGUGGGUACUGUAUAGGCAAGAGCAAUGUCCCUCUCCCAAGGAAGAAUAGAGAGAAAUCUGAAUUAUCCAGAGUAGCUGGAUCCCUGAUUCUGGAGUCAGAGUGGAGCUCAACCCCAGAAUAAUCUCUUGGGUUCAUUACUACUCUCCUGAAGAAGAAAAUACUUUUGGGGCCUUGAUAAUUCAUAGUGGUACACACUUGAAGGUGGUAUAUAUAAAAAUGGUGGACGAGUCCUUUCCCAUAUGAUCUCCUUUUUUGUCCUCUACAAGCCUCACGGGCCUCAAGCCCCUCUUUAAUUUUCCUUGGCCUUCUGGGCCCUCAUGCCCAAACUUCUUUCCUCCCAACAAUCAUUCUCCCCUUCCAAUUCCCCAGGUGGGGAGGUGGAAGAUCACAAGCAAGCCUCCCUCCAGGGCAGAAUUCACUGUGGGUUCACAUCAAGGCCAGUUCAUGUGAAUUGGUGAGUCAAGCUGGCAUUCCUUUGUUGACCUUCUCCAGGUUCUUUGGCUCCUUCUCAUUUCCUGGGGCAAAGGAAGAUGUGUAUUUGUCCACCACACUCUCCUCUCCUAAGGCCUGACCUAAGCUCCCUUCCUUCCCCAAGACAGCCCCAGAACUGAGGAAGACUUGACUCAAGAGGAAUGAGAAGGGCACUCUGGGCAGAAGAGCCAUUAAAUGAACCUGGCUGUGGAGUGGCCGACAGAAUAGGGAUGAGGGUACCUGUUCUCUCAGUGAUAGUGAUGGGGGUUCCUUUCCCAGGGGUGGGGUGGGGGGAAAUCACAGGGAUGGGGGUAGAUAGGGUACAUUCAGGAGGGGUUUCCUCCGUUUCUUUUUUCUAACUGCCUGGAUUCACCGUUGGAUUUUUGUAAAUGGAAAACAAAUGAACAAUGCUAUAUUGGAUGUUUUCUCUUUCUGACUGUAUGUGUGUGUCUGUGUGUCCUGUCUGUGUGACCACGUGGUCGAGUGAGACUGUCUGUGUGACUUUGUGGAAGGGGCACUCCUGCCUGGUGCACACAUGUGAGCAAACAUGACAGCAUAUAGCACGGGCACACACAUAAAUGUAUGUACCUAGUUGAGAGGAGACAGAGGAGCACGUGUUUGACUGAGGCAGGAAGUAGAAUGUCAGAGAGAUGGAAUUUGAAAACUGUACCUGUGUAUGUAGCACGAGAGUAGACUCCCAUUGCCUAUGUCUUUCUCCCUUGAUUCAGGUUCUGAACAUGGGGGAUUGGAUACCUGAAAACCCUCUUCCCCCCAGAGCCUGGAGCUCCCAACUACUAUUUCCAGUUUCUUCUCUAAAAGUCAAACAAGUUGUUCCUAAAACUGGAUCACCAUGGAAAUGAGAAUUGGCCGGAGACAAAGUCAGGGGUGGGGGGCAGGGGUGGGCAGGAAUUGAUGGGUUAGGAAACGCCCUUCCCCCCACACAAAGCAAUGGCUUCUGGAGGGACUGCUUAAUCUGGUGGGAGCUCGUUCUAAGGAUCCACUAUAUACACCUGGGGCUUUGGUAAGCUUUGACUAAAUUCAGAGGGAUGGAUGUCACAGGGGGAGGAAAUCCAAGCCUGGGAGUCUACCCAGUCAACCUGCUCCUUGGGCACUCAUUUAACUAUUUAUUUAUUCAAUUGACUAUUUAUUUACUUACUCUCUCGGGUGCAAAGAAUUGAGCUGAUAAUCUCAGUUCUUGGCACACUAGAUCAUCACUGGUCUAUGUGAGGCCCUUUUAUUUAUUUUUGGGUUUUUUUUAACCCCUACAUGCCCAUUCCUGAGCGCAUCUGCUCUUCAACAAAAGCACCCACUCUUGUGCGUUUAAAGUAUGUCCUCCCAACCACCGUUUAUAUGUUUAUUUACAUAUAUGUGUAUCUGUGAAAAAAUAUAUGAUAUUGUUAUGUGUUUUAAUUUACAUAAACAGUAUUGUACUAUAAAUCUUGUUCUGUUUCUUUUUUCACUCAACGUUAUGUUUUUGAGAGAUCCAGUCAUGCUGCCCUAUGUAGCUCUAAUUCAUUCUAGUUGUCCAUUUUAUACAUACAUAUCACUUUUUUAUCCACUCCUUUAGGAAUGGAUCUCAUUGUUGCCCCAAUUAUCUGCUAUUACAAAGAUGUAAUGGACAGUUUCCUACAUGUCUCUUAAGGGACGCCUAAUUAGAGGAAAGGAAAUGGAAACUGCGAGGCAGUUUAGUUAUGGUUAUAUAAUAAGAAGCCGACCCUUGAUGUGAAUUCCAGACUAAUGCCAGAACCAAAGCAUCCUACCCACGUAAGACCAUCCGUCUGGCAAGAAAAAAGUCUAAGAUGCAAUUUUAAAACCGCAUCUAUUGGGCAACGGUAGAGGACUGGAAAGAAAAGGGGCAUUGGAUAGACAAGAUAGAAAAUCCUAGCAGAAUCUGCCAUAAAUUGAAUGACGCACAUUUUUCAUGACGCAGACGCAGAGGAAGCGUUCUGUGCAGUUCUUUUCCUAGAGCCAUUUUGCAGAGAUGUACAACGCCACGUCAAAAUCUAGCCCUAAGUCCAAGGUCCUAGGUUUCUUCAUUCCUUGGCUCCUGUAAGACGCAUCCCCUUGUUCGCGGCGAACUUCGCGGUGGAGGCAGAAGUCAGAGCUACAAGAAUGUGCAGAUUUAAGAACUGCGUAGGAGCUGAGGAGAGGAGAAAGGAGGGAGAAGCGGAGGAGGGAGAGGAGGAGAGCAGGGGGGGGACGUCAGCGGGGCUCUCCUAAUUUUAAGCACAUCCUGCUCGGUGCCUGAGUCCAAUUUUUUUGUUGUUAACAUAUAUACAUAUGUCGUUUACAAAUACAUUAUAUAACAUAUAUUUUUUUGGGGGGUGGGGGCUUCAGAAUCACGGGGACUUGCCCCGUUUCGCCAGACGCAGAAGGCGUGAGGAGGGGGCACUCGCUCCGCUUCCCACGUAGCCAAUCAGCCGGCAGCUCUGCUCCGGUCGCCGGGGGAGUCCAAUCGGAAAGCCGCGUCGCGCGGUGUUGGCAAGCAGAUUGCGUGAGAACAAACCCAGGGC